CUGUGGCUGAUAUUGUUUAAUAUUCUCAACACCAAUCUCGCGCUAUUCUUCAAGCUGAUCCACAGAAAUGAUCGACUUCGUUCGCCAUCACUGGUAUGACCUCGGGGUCAUACCCUUCCUUCUAUGCCCACGGUAUUUCCAUCUCAACCGACCCAGAAUGACCACCAACCAAAUGUUUCUCCUGGCUAACUUCAUGACUGUGUUGGUCCAUCAAUUCGAAGAGUACCGCUUCCCUGGUGGGUUUCUUGCGGCGAUGAACAUAGGUGUGCACUCCAGUUCCCGCCCUGAUCAGUUCCCCCUGAGCUCUCAAUCCUCAACCUUCACCAACGUGAUCGCCAUCUAUGGGUUUUAUCUCGCCCCCUUUUUCAUCCACGGGAUCAACAUAAACAUGAAGCUCGGCUCAUUCUACAACCCGGGGCUUGUGUCAGUAAUUCUUAUGCAUAUUCCUCUCGGCUACUACUACAUCCGCUACAUGACCAAGAGUGGCCAGCUGGACGGUCGGCAGUGGGUGUUGGGCCUUGCCUAUGGUGCUGCUUUCUGGUACUUGAUGCUGAUCAAGUCCACUUUUGGCUGGCUUGUGGACUAUAACUCACCCUACCCCUUUCACCCCGAGGAGAUGCAACGGGGGGGUAUGGCUGCUUGGCUUGAGCGGGUUCGCAACAAUAACAACUAA